ACUGAAUUUUUAGCCGUCUGGACAGUUUUUCUUCAAAACUCAUUCCAGACACAGAUGGGAAUGCUGUUUCUAACUACUAAAGGUCAACUCUGAAUACUGAGACUGUAGAACAAUUGACAUUGUUAGCAGGAAACAGGGAGAUCUUUCAUCCAAUGCACAUUACAGCUGCUGCAGAUGCUAGUGUAGCUUCCAUCUGUGAUGGUGAUGAAUGGUGUACAAGUGAGUUAUUGCUGAGAUACUGCAACACAGAAAGAAGGAAUCUUCCAAACGAGAGAAUUGACUUUAUCGGGAGACCAGAUGAAUAUUGACUGAAAGGCGAUUUCAGUAUGAAUUGUUAUACUUGGCUAUCUCUUCUGCUAACACUUGGUCAGCUGUGGCCUUGCUUUUCAAGGUUGCAGAACCGUAACACCCACAAAAUGAACCGGCCUUUUGCAGCAGCUCAGAGAGUGAAACGUGCCUGGUUAUGGAGCCAGUUUUUUGUGCUGGAAGAACAGACUUUAACAGAACCUUUGUAUGUUGGCCAGCUGAAGUCUGAUUCUGACCAACACGAUGGCACUUUCAAAUAUAUUUUGACUGGGGAUGGAGCUGGAAGCAUUUUUACUAUUGAUGAAUAUAAUGGUAUAAUUCAUGUGACACAGAAACUUGACCGAGAGGAGAAACCCUUCUACACUCUAAGAGCACAGGCUAUUAACAGGAAUACCCAGCUGCCUGUUGAACCUGAGUCAGAAUUUAUCAUCAAAGUUCAGGAUGUCAAUGAUCAUGAACCAAAGUUCUUGGGUGGACCUUAUGAAGUCACCAUUCCAGAGAUGUCUCCUGAAGGUACUUCAGUGAUACAGGUAACAGCUACAGAUGGAGAUGAUCCUUCUUAUGGCAAUAGUGCCCGUCUGCUAUACAGUAUUUUACAAGGACAGCCUUACUUCUCUGUGGAGCCAAAGACAGGUGUCAUUAGAAUUUCUUCCCAAAUGGACAGAGAAACUAAGGAGCAACAUUUUGUCAUUAUCCAAGCCAAAGAUAUGGUUGGGCAAAUGGGUGGAUUUUCAGGCACAACAACUGUAACCAUCAACCUCUCUGACAUUAAUGACAACAAGCCAACAUUUCAACAAAAGUUCUACUAUAUGAAUGUCUCUGAGUCAGCACCAGAGGGCUCUACCAUAGGCAAAAUCAUGGCAGAGGACGACGACACAGGGGAGAAUGCAGCAAUGAAUUAUGUCAUCGAAGGAGAUGAGUCACUUAUUUUUGACAUCAUUACUAACAAUGAGACCCAAGAAGGAAUUGUUACAUUAAAAGAGAGAGUGGAUUAUGAGAGCAAAAGGAGAUACAAUGUUAGAGCAAAAGCUAUUAACAGGUACAUGGAUGACCGUUUUUUGAAAGAAGGGCCAUUUGAAGACACAGCCGUUAUCAAGAUCAGUGUGCAAGAUACUGAUGAGCCUCCAGUUUUCACUUCACAGAACUAUGUGAUGGAAAUCGCAGAAGGAGCUAUAAAUGGAUCCGUUGUAGGUGCUGUAUCUGCCAGAGAUCCAGACCAUGCCAACAGUCCCAUCAGGUAUUCUAUUGUCCACAGCACGUUUUUAAAAAGAUUGUUCAGCAUCAAUGCACACAAUGGAACAAUCAUUAUAACUAACCCUCUGGACCGAGAGACAGCUGCUUGGCACAACAUAACUGUUACAGCCACAGAAAUGAGAAACCAAGAACAAAUUUCAGAAGUAUCUGUGUAUGUUCAAGUUCUUGAUGUUAAUGACCAUGCUCCAGAAUUCCCCAAACACUAUGAGAUUUAUGUGUGUGAAAAUGCAAGAUCUGGACAGCUAAUCCAGACCAUCAGUGCAGUGGAUAAAGAUGAUUCAAUAGAAGGCCAUCAUUUUUACUUCUCUCUGGCUCAGGAGGCCACAAACAACUCAAAUUUUACUGUCAGAGAUAAUCAAGAUAACACGGCUGGAAUUCUUACAGCAAAAAACAGCUUCAGUCGACAAGAGCAGUUUGCUUUCUACCUACCAGUCCUAAUUGUGGACAAUGGAACCCCUUCUCUUACCAGCACAAACACCCUAACUGUCAGCGUCUGUGAUUGUGAUACUGAAGCUAGUAUCCAGUCUUGUCGAUUUGGAGCUUUUAUGUUCACCAUGGGUCUCAGCAUAGAAGCAUUAGUUGCGGUUUUGGCCUGCAUACUACUAAUAUUCGUGGUUUUCUUGGCAAUUCUGGCUUUAAGGGAGAAGAGGAAAAAGUCUCUAUUCCCUGACAAGGCUGAAGAGUUCAGAGAGAACAUCGUCAGGUAUGAUGAUGAAGGAGGAGGAGAGGAGGACACAGAGGCUUUUGAUAUUUCAGCGCUCAGGACUCGUACUGUCAUGAGAGAGCACAAGCCUAGAAGAAACAUCACAACACAAAUCCAAAGCCUUUACCGACAAUCUCUGCAAGUUGGUCCUGACAGUGCCGUGUUCAGGGAAUUCAUUUUAGAAAAGCUUAAAGAAGCUAAUACAGACCCUACUGCUCUGCCAUAUGAUUCCCUUCAGACAUAUGCAUUUGAGGGGACUGGCUCAUUGGCUGGAUCCCUCAGCUCUUUAGGAUCAAGUCUGUCAGAUAUGGAUGAGAAUUAUGAUUACCUUGCUGAGUGGGGGCCUGAAUGUAAUCCUCUGGAUAGCACCUAUAACCCAAUUAAGAGUGCAGUGGGUUAGCAGCAACUAGAGGCCAUAUCUUCAAAAGUAGUCAUCAGCAAAAAUCAAGUCUGGAUUUCAAAAUGAGACCUAUGUAAGCAUGAAAAUAAGUGGCUAGUUUUUCAAGAAGAGCAAUUCAAAAGAAUUGUGGGCGCUAAGAACUUUUUGAAAAUCUGUCCACAUGCAUCACUCUGAAAGGGGCUGAGGCCUCAGUACUUUUAUAAGUCAGCUGUUAUUCAGGUACCUGAAAACAGGUUGUGCUCCUUUGAUAAUCUAGUUCCAAUGAUGGGUGCUUAAAAUGGGUCACAUAGGUACUGGGGGAAAAACCAAAAAAGCCUAUGAUUUCUGGAAAUAUUGACCUAGCUAGGAUAAGCUUUAAAACUAUUUACAAAGUUAAGGCAGACUUGUUUUGUUGUUUAUAUGAAUUAACAAGUUAAAGCUCAUGUAUUUGUAGUAUGUUUUGUAAUAUAAAUACUAUUGUUUAAAAAUGUAGACAGCAGACAUAUUUUUAAAGGAUUAUCAUAAACUUGCAAAUUCUUUUAUUUAUUUUUAGGGUGAUAAAACUAAAUCAAAUACCAUUUCUAUCAGUAUAAAAAUAAUGGCCUGUUACGGUCAACAUUUAUUCACUAUUAAAUUUGAAUUGUUAUUGAAUUGUUGGGAAGUGUGUUAAAUUCCCAUUUAAUUCACCAGUUAAUGCAUUAAAAUUUUUUUUAAAAGGCAAAAAGUAGUAGGUUCCAGUUUGAAUCAAUACUCAAUUUAAAUAUAGUAGUAUUAACCAUGUUGCAUUUUAUUAUGCAUAGUGUCAAAUACAAUUCAUUGGGCAUUUUCCCUUUUUAUUAAGAGCUUAAAGGACGACAGAUUUCCCAGCACAGAUUUUUUUUUUAUUAUGGAAUAUAAAAUUAGCUAUAGUACUCAGUUUUAUUGUAAUAGUAUUAAAGAUCUUUAAAAUGCUAAGCUGGUGGAUAUAAAAAUUUAUGUAUAACAUUAGAUAAUAAGAUAGUAAAACACUUUAAUUUUAAUCCAUUUCUUCAGAAAAUGAUCUGACAUCAUUCAGAAGGAAUCGAGUCAAACUUCAAAAUUCAUUACCCUGAGUAUUUUAUACGCAGUCUAUAGUGAGCAUAAAAUUGUCUCAGAAUUGUUCCCUUUCACUUAUCUGUAUGGAGGAUCAACAGAAAUUCAGUGUUCUAAAAGCCAUUGAAUAUAUUCAAAUGGUAGCUAAGAGAGCCAGGGUCUGCAUUGUAUUUAUUCACCAUUUCUCCAUUAGCUGUUUAUUUUACAGCAUCUGCAACAUGUAAUCAAUUGAUAUGUUUCAACAUCUGAAAGCUGGCAUCAGUAUAAGAAAAACAGAACAAUUAUCUUUUUUAUUUACACUCUCAGGUAAGCUCCACUGCAUUACAGAAAGCUAGGCAAAGUUUAUAUAAGAAAUGAAAAUGCAUAAAGCAUAGCAAACAUCACAGAGCUUGUUCAAUUACUUGUUUAUUAAAGAAAAACAAGGGAUGUACGCUAAGCAGAAAGAUGUAAGCACAGAGACACUUUAAAUGCCUGCAAGUUAAAAACAAAACACAAGAGAAAGGAAGGAAUUAGGAGAACAUUCCAAAAGGGGUGUCCAUGGAAGAAAAAUUAUGGAUGCUAUGUGUUCUUGGAACAAUAAUGUCAAGAAUGUGGUUAGCAGCUGAUGAACUAGCACAUGUAUAAUGGGGAGAAAGGUUAUGGGGCUGUUUUGUUUUUUGGGGGGAGAAAAACUAUAAGGUUCCUCUAUAGAAGAGUUGCCCCCAGAGCAAGUUUACAAAUUGCAUGUCAAUGAAGCAUGGCAGUGAUGUAUUUUGAUGUAUCUAAUGCUUGUAUUUAAUGGCAUUCAAACAGACGUGACAAAAUGGUUUCUAGUUGACAUAUUAUUGUGCAUAUUAAUCAUUACUCCGUGGAAAAAGAAUAGGGAAUGAGACAGCAAAUGAAAUGAGCAUGUAAAGUUUGUUCUGUGGAGGGAGAUUGUGAAUGGAUAUAUGGACCCCAUACAGGUAAGGAAAGCAUCAGAAUCUCUAUGUCUGGACGGCUAACUCUACCCCCGGUCCUGCCAAUCAUGUAUGGGAGGAAAGAUACCUUUGAAAAAGAAGAAACUGAAAUCAGCUCUAGGGUAGAGAUCACCUUAGCAGGAACAGCUCUAUGGGAAACUUCCAUUCGGAAGAUCUCCACUGCAAAUUCUCAGGGCAAGUGUGACAGCAGGAACCUGAUUCAGGAGCCCAGUGGGGGAGAGGGAGAGGGAGAGGGAGAAGGGCUCCUUGAAAAACAUUGCACAGAUGCUGUACUUUUGGACCUUUUCCCAUUUGAGGGGCCCCAGGAAAAGUUAUUUUGGGGUAGGCUAGGUCAUUUAACUUUACUUACAAUUCCACAUCAGCAGGCACUUAAGUAGGCCCACAAAGGGCAAUGUCUCCUUGCAAGAUGUAAGAAAUUGGGCUCUGUGCAUGAGUCAUCCAAUGUAGAUAACUAAGCAUGACCAGAGUCUUCCACCAUCCAGGAGAAAAACCUAAGGGGACUUUUGUACAGGAAGCACAUAUUUAGAUCCAGAUUCUGAAAUUCUAAGAGAUAUCAUACUCUACACCUGGUCCCAUUGACAUUAAUUGACCCAAACAUGGAAUGAAAUAGCAAUCAUUAUGAAGAAGAAUGUCAGCCUUUCCGACCCAACAUGGAUUGUGAGAAAACAAUUGCUGUUCAGUUGUUCAGACAAGGAACUAGGAAACAAUCCGUGAUUGUGUGGAUAUUGCCUUAGAUCCUCCUUGAAGUUGUGCUCCAUAUAUAAUUCAGUUUGUGUAUUCAUAUAAUAAUUAGAACAUCAUUUAAACAUGUCCUGUUGGUUCUUGUGUUACAUAUAUCUCCUUACAGUAGCUGAUCCAUCUAAAAGCAUAGGAAAAUACUACUGUUAUCAGCUAAGGAAUUAAGCUACUCGUUUAGCUCCAGUGAUAGAAGACCAUGCUUCUAAUAGUGAGGGUCCUGCAGUUUAAUCCCAUGACAAGAAUGGAUCAUUGUAAGCUGGCACUGGAGAGGCUUUGAACAUGAUUUCUGAUAAUCAGGCCAAAUGUCAACCAUGUGGAUGAAUGCUUAAAUAUUAUUUAAAAAAAUCAGCAAAUCACUGUUCUGAUGAAAUGUAACAAUUCCUGUGUUCCUAUAUUGACAUGAUCAAACAUUAUAGGAGCAAACCAUGUUUAGUUUAGUCAAGCAAAGACUAAGGCCUUGUCUCCACUUGUCACACCAAAGAUUGAUCUCUUGGCCUUUGAUUUAGCAGAUCCAGUAAAGAUUCGCUAAAUUGAAUGUGGAUGCCGCCCCUGGAUGCCUUGAUCCGCAAGGAAUAAGGGAAGCCAACAGUAGUGUUUGCUCCCAUCCACCUCUCACUGUGAUGACCGCACCAAGAUAGUCUUAAUAUAUGUUAACUGCAGCUACAUUAUUUAGCUGGAGUUGCAUACCUUAAGCAGACUUUCCAGGUCUAGUAUAGAUCUGGCCUAAAGAAGGAUACAAUUAGAAGUCUACAAAUAUAAGAAUGGAAAGACCAAGAAGAAACAGGAAUUAUUUAAAUAGAUGAAAAGGAUAUAACAUAAGGAAUAUAGGGAUGACACUAAUAAAGGGAAAGUGUAGGCUGCAUACUAGGAAAUAAUUCCUGAUUGUAAGAUCUCUUACACUGUGGAAUGUUACAUUCACAUCAUACCCAAAGAGAAGUUAGAUUAAAAACAUAAAUACGCUUGAUAGAGUUGCAAUUUAAGAUUAUUUCUUAUCAUUCACAACAAUCACAUAUGAAAAUACAAACUCCGAGACAGUCAGAGUAGGCUGCCCCCUAUAACAGAGAUGGACCAUUUUCCAGAUUGUGCCUUUCCAUAAUCAGUUUGUCUGUAUGCUUUUUCAUAAAGCCACCUUCCCCCAUCCUCUACCAUAAGCAGGAAAUCACCCUCACUCUUAAAGCAAUAGCCCCAGAGAGGUGGGUGGCAGCAAGGCUGGCAGCCCAGCUGGGGCCAGGAGCUUGGCCAGGGCUGGAAGUGGAGCUGGUCCAAGGGACCAGUGGCCAGGGCUAGGGGAGGGUGGCCAGAGGCUCAGCAGCUGGGGCUUUAAGUGGUGCAGGGCAGUUCCACUGGCCUGACAAUCUCUGACAUUCUGGACUGGUCAGGCUCCAAACGUGCUGAUCCAGGGAGAUCCAACCUGUAGUUAUUGCAUCUGCAACCUACUCCCAGGGCCUUCUGCAUGGUGGUUAACUUGGAGACUCACUACAGCAAAGAGGACUGUAGAAAGCCCUAUGUAACUAGUCCUUACAGAGUGCUACCAUGGAGGAUUCAUGGUGAAAAGGGCCUUCUUUGAGUCCCAUCACGCUGUCGUCCAAAUUCUCUUUUAACUCUCAGAUACUCUGAUCUUGUAAUGAAAAACACUUUAAAGCCAAUUCUGCUUUCCCACUGUUGUGUGGACUGGAGAAGGAGGUAAGGAACUCAUGCCAUCCCCAGUUCCUAUGUACUUCUCUUGAACAAUAGCAAAGAUGUUUUUAUUUAAGGAAAAAUGGCAUGGAUUGUUGAUGUGUGACUACAGAAUUGGCCAGGCAUUCUCCACUACCUCAGAAGGGUACAUGUGACAAUGCUAUAGUUCCACUGACAUUUCAUGGACUGAAAAGGAAGAUGGGUUUUUUUUCCCCCCUUAGAGCCACUCAUGUGCAAAUCCUUCAGGCUCUGAACAUAAAAAGAGGAUUGUCUUUAUUUAACAAAGUUUAAAAAUUCUUAUUGGAGAGGAGAUAUCCAAUCAUGCUUUUAUUGUUUUUCAUUUUAAGUCUAUUUUCACGGCUAGUGUUUAAAUAAUAUUUUUGGAGAACAACCAGAAAAUUGCAACAAACUCAAAUUCUAUGUUUAAUUUAGCAGCUAAAAUUCACUUCACAAACAUCUCUCUUUACCAUGCUUAGUGAAUGCUCCUGAUCUGAAUAUUGCUUUGUUGUGUUACUGUAGUGCUUAGAAACCCCCUAAAGAUCAGUUGGCCAUUGUGUAAUGCACUAUGAAAAUAUAUAGUAAGGGAGUAGUCCUGAAUACACGAGAUAUGGAAAGGAAGGGAGGGGAAACAUUCACAGAAAGAUUAAAUGACUUGCUCAAAGUCACACAGCAGGUCAGUAACUGGGCUGGAAAUACAACCUAUGUUUCCUAGUCUACUGGCUAUAUCACUAAAACACAUAUUUUGUUUCUAAUUCAUUAUUGGAACAUUUCAGUCAAUUUUUGUAGCUCUAGGCAUACUUCCUGCAUGCCUCAAGGGAGUACAGCCAUUAAACUAAAAAUGCUGGGUUCAUCUGAGCUGAGUAGGUCUCCUCUCUGUUUCUGUAGGUCACAUUGAACAUUUUUCUUCAUGUGAUCACUAUGAAUCAGGUCAAAGUAAUGCAAGUGCUUGGUUUUGUUUAUGAUGCUUUUUCCCCACAGGAACUAGGUCAUGAGGGCAUAUAAGUGGCUUUUUUGAAAUACAAACAACUGCAAGUAAAGGGCACAGUAUAGGAGCAAGGCUGUAUGUUAGAAAUAAAGAGCACCACAAACAUCUUACGCUGGAGGAUGCUAUUUUUAGUCUUGAAUAACUGUGUAGUCUUAACUUAAUUAACUGUUUUAUUAGAAUUGUUUUGGGUUCUGUGUUGCAGAAGGUAUCACAGAAGCAGUAUGGGUAAAGUCUCAAAGUAGAUAUGGUGAUAAAUUCUAAUUUUCCAUUCCUAUAUGUGGCUAGGUGGAAUCUAACAGUUUGUGGGGGAGAGGUGGGAUGAAAUGAGACAAAAAGAAGCGAGUGGAGCAGUACCCAUUUUGUGGCAUUCUUUUCCAGUAACCAGGAAAACUACAAGAGGAAAUUCAAAGGGAAAUUAGUGGUUUUCCACUCCACUUUAAUUCCCUUCUGCAGCUUCUAGAAGACCUUGGAAAACUGUCAUUUGCAAAGGAUGGAACAGGUAGCAUGACUCAUGUAUAGGCUGUGGCAGCAUGAGGAAAGGACUCCAAAUAAACAACACAGGUCUGGUCUACACUAGACCAGGAAGGUCAUCUUAAGAUAUGCAACUCCAGCUAUGUAAAAUGUGCAGCUGGAGUUGGCUUACUUUAAGCUGAGCUUGGGCAGCAUCCAUACUGUAGGAGACCAAUGGGAACAAACACUCCCUCGGCUUCCCUUACCUCCUUGGUAAAGGAGGAGUAUUGGUUGCCGGUGGGAGCUGCCCUCAGUGUUAGAUGUACAGGUCUAUACUAGAUCUGCUAAAUCAAAUGCCAUAAGAUCAACCUCCAGCAUGUCAAUCUUCCAAUAAGUAUAGAAAUGCCCAUAGAGAUUAGCGCUCCCUACAGAUGCCCCAAUAGCCAAAGGAGUUAGAUCUUCAGUUUGAAGUCAUACAACAAUCAGGGUUUCAAGGUUAAACUGAUCGAUCUUUCACUAUAACUAAUUUAAAACCCCUCUCACCCUCACAUUGAAUAUUCUCCAUUUGCACCUAUCUGCUAUUUGUGAGUAUCCACCAAAUAGAUGAGGUGAAUAAUUUUCAGACUACUGAUUUUUCGCAAGCUGUUGAUUUCAACUGUUUGUUUUUCAAUAUUGGAAUAGCUGCUCCCCAAUAACAGGACAAACUUUAUCAGGAGAGUGACAAAAUUUUCAGGGUAUGCAAAUGUGUGCAGGGACACUCAUGGCUAUCAUGGCUAUUCACACAUUAAUUAGACAUGUAACUCACAAAUACAGAGAUUAAUUUGUUUCGAGUUUUUGGUAGUGUUUUUUGUUAUUCAUAAAUGGUACAUCAGAAUACAAGUCAUUACAGAGACAGUAAUGGGUCAAACAGCUAAUGCAAAAUGAGAAUCAUCUGACAUUAUCACCCAUAAUUUGUAGGUUAAAUGGGUCCUUACAAACAUUAUUGAAAUGUUGCAUUAGGCCAGGUACAAGAACAGGGAAUACUAUUUCUUGAUACCGAUUAGCCCAACCAACUUAUGCCAGAUCUCUGAUUUUCUCUUUGCAGUGUGGAGGGCAUGAAUUGACCACCCCUGAGAUUCACUCAUUAGUAUUACAGUUUUAGCCUCUUUUUCUAGAGAUUACCCAGAACAGUUUCAGCUUUUUUAGUUAUACUUACUUUAUUGAUCUACUGGGCUGAACAAUUUUACCAGGUGUGCAGGAUGUUGGUCACAUCAUUUCCACUUAUGCGGUUAAGGAAGAAAAUCUUUUUUUUUUUUUUUCCAAACAGUAAGUACCCACUAAGUGUGACCAAUAAGAAAAUAAACUCAAGCUAUGUGAGACUUCAGGUAGGUAUUUUACGACUACAGCACACACUGUUGAACACACUCAAAGCUGGAUCUGCCUGGCUGAUCAACUGCUUAAAGUCUAAUGAAUAAAUAACACGGAACUUCAUUUUUCCCUUUGCAAGGCUGUUCAUGUCUAUACAGACAAAUAUAAGAUGCUGUUCAUAUCUAUAUAGACAAAUAUAAAAUGAGCUAUUGUUCUAAAUGGAGGAUACAAUUAUCAUUCAGACACAUUAACAUCAGAUUCUUGAAUUCUAUUAGGAUAAUCUGUUCAGAACAAUUGGUUAAUUAAGAAAAACAAAAGUCUAAUGACAGAGUUCACUGUACAAAAAAAAAACCCUACUGACAUUAAAUAGCAAACAAAAAUAAUCUAGCCACCUUAUGUAAUAAAAGCAUAACUAUUUCCCAGUCAGAUACUGUGGUGAUGACGGGUAUUUGUGUAGUUAGAUAUAAAUAUAUAUAUAUGGAGAGAGAACAGUAGACAGGUCAAAUAAUGGAAUCUAUAGAUACAACAUGGAAAAUAAAACCUUUGACCUGGUGCAAAAAAGAUAAUGAAGCACAUAUGAUGUGGUGCACUAAGUAAACUACUUUGUAAUUCACUGAACCAUGUGUUGAAAGUAACUUUUUUCUCAGAACAACUUCACUAAAAAUGCAGGCUCAUUCUACAUGGAGCUGCAGCUUUCACCUUUUCCAUGCAUAGAAUGAAUUAGGAGCUGUCACUCUACUUGGCUGUGUCUAGACUGGCCAGUUUUUCCGGAAAAUCAGCCGCUUUUCCAGAAAAACUUGCCAGCUGUC